GGCAGCAUGGCAGAGAGCUUUUACACCGAGUGGGAGGAGUCCUAUGUGUCAUUCAAUCAGAUGAGCCUGCACGAGGACUUGCUGCAUGGACUCCACGCCUAUGGUUUUGAGAAGCCUUCUGCCAUCCAGCAGAAAGGGAUUGUCCCUUUUGCCAAGGGCCUGGAUGUGAUCCAGCAGGCUCAGCUGGGCACUGGCAGGAUUGCCACAUUCUGCGCCGGCAUCCUGCAGAACCUGGACUACAACUCGCUCGAGUGCCAAGCCCUUGUGUUGGCCCCCACUCGUGAGCUGGCACAGCACGUUGCAAAGGUGAUGCGCGCUGUGGGCAAGUUCCAAGAGGUGAAGUGUCACUGCUUUGUCAGCGGUCCAAGCUUGAGGGAGGACAUCCGCAUCCUGGAAGGGGGUAUUCAGGUUGUGGUGGGCACUCCUGGCCGCAUCCAAGGCUUACUGCGCCGCCGCGCACUGCAUGCAAACUCAAUCCGGAUGCUUGUCUUGGACGAGGCUGAUGAGCUGCUGUCUCCUGCUAUCAAGGAGCUCAUCUAUGAGAUCUUUCAGCUGCUGCCUGGCAGGCUGCAGGUGGGGGUGUUCUGUGCAAACCUGCCACCUGAAGUUCUGGCACUCACCCGCAAGUUCAUGAACAAUCCGGUGCACAUUCUGGUGAAGCGCGAUGGGCUGAAUUUUGAGGGACUCAGGCAGUUCUAUGUGAACGUGGAGCAUGAGGGAUGGAAACUGGACACCCUCUGCGACCUGCGUGACAUUUUGGCCAUCGACAAUAUUCUGGUCUUCGCAAAUACCACUAGGAAGAUGGACUGGCUAGCUGACAAGAUGCGCGAAAGGGGCAUCAAUAUGACAGCCAUCAAUAUCUCUAGCAGAGAGCAGGACGGGCAUGACAGCAUGGCACGAAAGCGGGACUCCAAUUCCUGCCAUGGCCUCAUCACAACAGCUGCAGAUGCCUGCGGCAUUGAUGAACAGCAGGCGUCCCUGGUGAUCAAUUAUGACCUGCCCACUCAGCCAGAGAACUAUCUGCACCGCAUCGGGCGUCUUGGGAGCAAGCGGCUGGCCAUCAGCUUUGUGACAGGGGAGGAGCAGCGUCUGCUGCAGGAUAUUGAGCGCUACUGCAAUACAGUCAUUGAGGAGCUGCCCGCCAAUGUAGCAGACCUUCUUUGA